CUGGAUGCUGGCUUGGAGUCUCCCCCUGUGUCUGCAAUGGUUCGCUCCUAGCUCUCAGCCUCAGCAUCUUAGGACAGCAUCAUUCUCAUAGCAGCCUCGCAGAGAGAUCGACAACUUUGCUUUCUCCAACAAACUGCAUGAGGAUUAUUUGCUGCUCCGGUCCAGGGACAUCAGGACAUGACACCCAUGGAUGGGAUUUUUGCUUUCUGGGCUUGUGUGCUCACUGCUGAAGCAGUGAUUGGACUUGGAACGGACCCAGAUCUGCAAAUUGACAUCAUUUCAGAACUGCUACUCGACAACAGCACGCGCGGCGUCACGCAAGUGUUUGGCACUCACAAUGGCAGCAAAGCCUUCUUAUUUCACGAUGUGGAGCGGGAGAUUCACGCGGCACCACAUACGAGCGAGAAGGUGAUCCAGCUGUUCAGGAAUAAGAGCGAGUUCACCUUCCUGGCCUCCAUCCAACAAAGGUCAUCCUCAUCCGGCGUCAUCCUCUCCAUACGAGAGAUGGAGCACAGCUUCUUUGAACUGGAGAGCAGCGGUCUGAGGGACGAAAUCAGAUACCACUACAGAUAUAAUGGAAAGUCAAGGACAGAAGCCUUCCCCUACCGCCUGGCGGACGGACAGUGGCACAAAGUGGCUUUGACGGUCAGCGCCACUCAUGUCUUGCUUCACGUCGACUGCAACAAAAUCUACGAACGUGUAAUCGAUCCUCCGGAGACCAACCUUUCACCGGGAAGUACGCUGUGGCUGGGGCAACGUAACCGAAAACAUGGCUUCUUCAAGGGAGUGAUUCAAGAUGCCAAACUCAUAUUUACACCAAAUGGAUACUUAACGCAAUGCCCAAACCUGAAUCGCACCUGCCCGACCUGCAGUGACUUCCUCAGCCUUGUCCAGGGGAUUAUGGAUCUUCAGGAGCUGCUGGCGAAACUCACAGCUAAACUAAAUUAUGCCGAGUCCCGACUGAGCCAACUGGAGAGUUGUCACUGUGAGAAGACCUGCCAGGUCCAUGGUAUGAUCUACAGGGACAAAGACACAUGGGUAGACGACGACCACUGCCGAAACUGCACGUGCAAGAAUGGUGCUGUGGAGUGCAGGCGGAUGUUGUGCCCACCUCUUAACUGUUCUCCCGAUCACCUCCCCGUUCACAUUCCGGGACAGUGCUGCAAACUCUGCCGGCCUAAAUGUGUUUAUGGUGGGAAAGUUCUGGCUGAAGGUCAGAAGAUCCUCACGACAAGCUGCAGAGAAUGCAGAAAUGGAGCUUUGCAGAAGGUAGCGGAGCCCUGCCCGCCGCUCAACUGCACCGAAGACGAUCUGAUCCUUCCAGAGAACGAGUGCUGCUUUGUCUGCCGAGGGUACGAUUUCUGCGCCGACGGACAUCAGUGCGGAGAAAACUCGGAAUGCCGGAACGGUAUCACGAAAGCCACGUGCGAGUGUCGAAACGGCUUUGUGCCGGUGCUGGGCGACUCAACUUACUGCGAAGACAUUGAUGAAUGUGCUGCCAAAAUGCAUUACUGUCAAGCCAACACCGUAUGUGUCAAUUUACCGGGAUCUUACCGCUGCGACUGCGUCUCAGGAUACACCCGGGUGGACGACUUCUCCUGUACAGAACACGAGGAUUGGUCCGCGGAUAAGAAGCUCCCUCGCUCAAGAACAUUUCUGAUGUGCCGGAGAUGGUGGGGGGAGAUAAUAUAA